GUCAGGAGACCAUAGGAAGAGACGAGAGGAGACCGUUGUUUGUUGUUAUGCUCGGAAGUGUUGAGAGCUGUGCUCUGCCCGUCUCCAUACGUUGCUUUUUAAGAGUGACAUUUUAAAGGUUCAACUUCAAAGAAAUAUCUUUUUUUUCACCUUUUAAAUUCAACCUUAAAGUCUUGUUUAUUACAAUAUCACUGCAUCGAGUGAAAAAGAGCCCGGAAACAUGAAAUGGAUGUUCAAAGAGGAUCACUCCUUGGGCCUGACAUGCGUCACCUGGACGGAACAAAAGUUGUUUUUGGCAGAACAAAACAUCGAUGCAUAGAGUCGGCCAAAAUCCGCAACAAGUACCCUGACAGAGUCCCGGUGAUUGUGGAGAAAGUGUCUGGGUCCCAGAUCGUGGACAUCGACAAGAGGAAGUACCUGGUCCCCUCCGACAUCACGGUGGCCCAGUUCAUGUGGAUCAUCAGGAAACGCAUCCAGCUGCCCUCGGAGAAGGCCAUCUUCCUGUUCGUGGACAAGACGGUGCCUCAGUCCAGCAUCACGAUGGGGCAGCUGUACGAGAAAGAGAAGGACGAGGACGGCUUUUUAUACGUGGCUUACAGCGGGGAGAACACCUUCGGUUUUUAAAAACAAGAAGCCCUGCUCGUGACCGGCCUUACCUGCGCGACGACCCCCCCCCCCACAUCUAAUCACAGCCCUCACGCUGCCCCUGGAGAAACGGUGGGAAACCCCAGAGCGAUUCAGAGCCAUGAACGCACCAGAAAGACGGACCGACCGCUCCCCUGACUGGAUGAACAUAAACAAAGUGCACCGGCGUGUUUAUCUGGCUUAUGUUGCACCAGAUCUUUAUCAUAGAUUCAGUUGUGUAUAGCGUGUGCGUUUUCUUUUCAGUUAUUAUUUGUUUGAUGUUUGUUGUGAUUUCAGUGUUUUUAGGAGGAACUUUGAUUUAAUUUUCGUUUUUGUUUUUCACAUUUUAAAUGAUUUGUGUGACUGAGUUUUGCUUUUAGUUUAUAUGCUUUCCUCUUUGAAGACAAUAUUUAAAAAGAACAUUUAAUUUAAUUAUUUGAAAUUAAACUAGGAUGACCUAACCAAUAAAAA